GUUUCUCCAUGGUCACCAUGAGUCCUGAUUUGGUGACGAAUCCCUCUCCAGUCAUAACUACUAAAUUUAAAACCACAACAUACAUUACACCUACUAGCACCACCACAAGUGCCUCUACCAGUGCGGCCCCAGACACGACCUUCACAACAACCCCAGCAAAAGAUUCUGAGCUGUAUUUUGAGGUGAUGGUGAAUGUAACCAUAACAGGAGACUGUGACCCGCGACAGAUUCUUUCCACCUGGCUCAACUCCAGUCUACCCGAUAACAUGAUGGUGCUAGACCUCCAGCUGCUCUCUAGAGCUCAAAGACAUCACCCAAACCUGCAGUCAAACCCCUUUACAGCUGACAAAGUGUUCAUGUUCAGAGUUUCAAGAGAGAGCUGUAUUUUCCAGGUUCGGGUCAUGAAGUCGUUGUCAGACUCACAGGAAAUGGAAGCGCAGAUACGUUCCUUACUGUUGACGCCCUAUAUCAACGGAUCAAUCUCCAUAGCAACCAAAGACAAGGACAUACAGAUAAGCCGCAUAUUAAUAUUACAGUGCAACGCAGAAACCCACCAGACGAGGAAAGGUCUGUUUAAGUGGCCCAAUACUUUAGGAGGAAAAAAUGCAAUUCAGCCGUGCCCAAAAAACCCUCUCCAAUCCGCCACCCGACACUGUAAACUGUGCCUCAGUACCUACUGGUUGGAUCCAGACCUGGAAGACUGUCAUCUGGUUGUGGAAACCAUUCUUGAUCUGGAUCAUGUGGAAGUCACUGCUGACAAUGCAUGGGCCGUGGUGGAGAUGAUUGAGAGUUUACUGAGAAACCACUCCACGCUCAGCUACCAGGAGCUGUUCACAGUCCUCAACAAGCUAGAGGACAUCAUCAACCUCAGUAGGGUCACACCAAACAUGGGCCAAGCUCUAAUCAACAUCAUCUCUGACAUGUUGGAAUCAGACAGCGACCUGCUGCCUUUUACUAACACUAUCCUAAACAUCACAGAGACAGUUGGAGACCUGAUGGUUUGCUACGAGGGCUCGGCCACCCUGGUUGCUCCUGCCAUUGCUAUCUCUGUGGUGGAUGUAGUUCCCGGACAGUUUAGCAGUUUGACUUUCGGAGUGUCAUCGGACCGCUCAGGCACAAAGCCUGAGAUUUUCAUCAACAAGUAUCCCUUCAACGGCACAGUGGCUUUCAUCGCCCUGCCAUCUGCCCUGCAAGACAAAUUCCCACAGAACAGCUCCAACCAGAGGCCAGCGAGGGUUAAGUUUCAGUUCUACGGAAUCCCAAUGCUCUUCAAUAGCAGCCAAAAGGGGAUGGCCCUCAACACCUUUGUGGUGUCAGCCAGUGUGACCAACGCCAGCUCUCCAAUCAAAGACCUUGAUGAAGAUGUUAGAGUCACGCUCCACCAUCUUAUACCCAACACACUUCACAAGGACGUGCAGUGUGUUUACUGGAACUUCAAUAAAAACAAUGGAAAAGGAGGCUGGGAUGAUUAUGGCUGCAAAAAAUACAACAGCAGCCCUGAAUAUACAACGUGCCUGUGUGAUCAUCUCACACACUUCGGAGUUCUUCUGGAUGUCUCAAGGACUCCGUUGGACCCGGCUCAUGAGCAGAUCUUGACCAUUAUCACAUAUGUUGGUUGUGGGGUCUCAUCGGUGUUCUUGGGAAUCACUGUUCUCACUUACACAGCUUUCGAAAAGCUUCGUCGAGACUACCCGUCUCAGAUCCUCAUCAACCUCUCCCUGGCGCUGCUAGGUUUGAACCUGGUGUUUCUGGUCAACUCCUGGCUGUCCUCCUGGGGUCUAUACGGCAUCUGUGUGGCUGUAGCAGCCAUGCUCCACUACUUCCUCCUGGCAUCAUUCACCUGGAUGGGAUUAGAGGCUGUUAAUAUGUACUUUGCUCUUGUCAAAGUCUUCAACGUCUACGUACCCUCCUAUAUCCUUAAGUUCUGUGCUCUGGGAUGGGGGAUUCCUCUUGUGAUCUGCAUCCUGGUGCUCAUUGUGAACAGAGAGGCCUACGGCAGUCACCUCUACACAGAUGUUCAGCAUAGCUUUGAGCAGUUGGACAACUCUGACAACUUCUGUUGGCUCCAGGACGAAGUGACAUUUUACGUGUCUGUGGUUGCCUAUGCUGUGGUAGUCUUUCUCUUCAACAUCGCGGUCUUUGUAGUAGUUCUAAUCCAGAUUCGUCACAUGCGAGUCAACAGCCCGGCCGGGACACGCAGUGGACUAAUGUAUGACCUGAAGGGAGCUGUCAGUCUCACCUUGCUACUAGGACUGACGUGGACUGUUGGCUUCUUUACUUGGGGACCAGCCAGAAUAGUUCUGCUGUACCUAUUCUCUGGACUCAACACCCUGCAAGGACUUUUCAUUUUCAUCUUCCACUGUCUGAUGAAGGAAAAUGUCAGGAAGCAGUGGAGGAUUCACCUCUGCGUUGGACGUUUUCGACUUGAAGAGUAUUCUGAGUGGAGCAACUCGGCAUCAGUUGGAGUCAUGGCUAAACCCAAAUCAAAUCCUCCAAGAGCGCCAGUACCAUCGGUCUGCUCGGUCAAGUCCAACUCCACAGACAGUACAUCAGCUUCCUCCGACUCCAGCCAGAGAGACUCAUCCUGCAAGAGACCAAACCUGGGCCUUUUUGUGAAUUCCCUGGCUCUCCCUCGUGCUCAGAGAAACCCCUCUGGUGCAAGAGCUCCGCCGUCCCAGAGAGGGAUGAAUCCAACCCCUGGCUGGAGGAAUCACUUGCUUGGCCAGAAGGAACAAAGAUAAUAUGAGCAUUUGCAUACAGACACAUGCAGACAUGCAAAUUCUAAAAUCAUCUUGAAAAUUGAAACAGAAGAGCAGCCUUAACAUGUAAUGUACUUUAAUUUAAGCCACAGAGAUAUGAAUUCCAUUGUUUUCCUGCUUCAUUAGCCAAUUUUAUCAUGCAAUUCUGUUGUUUUUUGUGUUUGCUAAAUAUUGUAAAAGACCCUGUAAUUAUGAAAACAUGAGUAGUUGCAUCAGUUCCAAGGAGGAGUUGGUUGCCAAGCAACUGCUGAGUGGAGCCAUGGUGACAACGAACCAUGGCACCACAAUUUGUGAGACAAUAAUACAAAUUUAACAUGA